AUUAAUUAUAAUAAUGAUAAUAAUUAUAUUUAUAAAUUACAAACAAGCAUAACAAUAGGAGGAACAACUAAAACCACCAAUAUAAAUUAAAUCAUUAACAAUAAACCACACAUUGUUUUUCCAUAAUAAUUUUUUUUUUUUUUUAAAAAAUUUAUAUAUAUAUACUUUUAAAUAGUUUUUUUAUUAACUUUAUAAUUAUUUAUAUUCAAAAUAUAGUAUAGAAAAAAAGAAAUAAUAUAAUAUACUAUAGUGUAAUAUCGAUAGGAAUAAUAUGGCCUCAAAACUACUUCAAAAUCAAUUUAAAAAAAUUCAAUCAGAACCAAUUGAAGGUGUUCUAUUUGAAUUGGUUGAUGAAAAUUUAUUCGAAUGGAAAGCCUUUGUUGAAGGACCACCAGAAACUGAUUAUGAAGGUGGAAUAUUCCAAAUUCAAAUGAAAUUUCCAACUGACUAUCCAAUGUCCCCACCAACUUUAAUUUUCCAAUCAGAAUUUUGGCAUCCAAAUGUUUAUCCAGAUGGAAAGGUUUGUAUUUCUAUUUUACAUCCACCAGGUGAGGAUGAAACCUCAGGUGAAUUACCAGAAGAAAGAUGGUUACCAACUCAAACUGUUUCAACCAUCAUAUUAAGUGUAAUUUCAUUAUUGAGUGCACCCAACACAUCAUCACCAGCCAAUGUAGAUGCAUCGGUAGAAUGGAGAAACAAUAGAGAAAACUAUAAAAAGAGAAUUAGGGAAUUAGUGCAAAAAGCAAAUCAAAAGGUCCCAAGUCCCAUUAAAAUUCCACAUCCAGAUUCUGAUCCACUCGAAAGAGCCAAGCAAGUAGAAAAAAUUAAACUCUUAAAUAAACCAAUGGAUUUCUAUGAUGACUACGAUGACGACAAUUAUGACUACGAUGACGACUACGAUAAUGAUGACGGGGAAGAUAACGAAGAUUACAAUGAAGAUGAUGAAGGUAUUGAUGAUGAAGAUGAUGAUUUGAAUCCAUUCAAAUAAAAUACUAUAUAUCAAUAACCAAACAUUCAAAGAAAAAAAAAAACU